GAAGUGAAAGUGAGCAACUGUUAUCUUAUAAAAGAUACUUUCCUGUUGAGUUGAGAGGCACUUGGGUGAGAGGCACAUAACUGAAGUUAUUUUUGUAGCCAUGGGAAACAGCCAACCUGAAUGGAGGAACGUACCUUGGGGAAACAAUGAGAGAGAACUGCAGAUUGUGAACGAAUACAAGCCUUUUAAAAAGGAUGCCCAGCUCAGAAUCAUGCUUUAUGGACCUGUUGGUGCUGGCAAGUCCAGCUUCAUCAACUCUGUGGAAAGUGUUUUACGAGGCAAAAUAACUGAUCGAGCUAAAGCAGAUGGGAUCGGUGGCGAGAGCUUCACCACAGACUACAAAACCUACAAAAUCCAAAAAGGAGAGCCAGGGACACAUUACCCUUUUGUCUUCAAUGACAUCAUGGGCCUUGAGAAGGAUGCAGGAAGAGGAGCUUGUGUGGAAGACGUCAAACUGGCCAUGAAGGGACACGUGAAGGAUGGUUACAAGUUCAACCCUGUCUCUGCCUUGUCUGAAGAUAACCAACACUACAACAGCAACCCCUCUCUAAAUGAGAGAGUUCAUGUUCUGGUUUGCGUCAUCCCUGGCAACAUAGCAGGAUUGCAGAAUGAUAAUGCCACAUUACAGUUACCGACUGACGAUGUGAAAAAGUUGAGGGAAGUCAGACUUGCAGCCAGGGACAUGGGGAUUCCCGAAAUUGCUAUUCUCACCAAAAUUGAUGCAGCCUGUAAAGAGGUCGGCAAGGACAUAAGGAACGUGUAUAAGAGCAAGUACCUGAAGAAGAAGAUUGAGGAGGUGAAUGGCGUGCUGGGUGUUCCACAGAGCCGCAUCUUUCCUGUGAAGAACUACCACUCAGAGCUCAACACAAAAGGUGACAUUGAUACACUGAUACUGAGCGCACUGAGACGGAUGAUUGAAUCUGGAGAAGACUUUCUCAACGACCUGUAAAACUACAUUAUGCUGAGGCAGGUCUUGGAAACAAGAAUGAUAAUUACAUAAAGUGGGCAAUGUAGCUUUUAGGUUUUCAUGUGCAGCCUGUAAUGCACCAUAUCUAUAUUAUAAAUGAUGGUAUCUCUCCCUUAAUGAGUAAAUAUGAAAAGGCUUUAUUUUGCAUGUAGUUGAGUUUUUGCAUCAUGAUGUUGAUAGUUAUGCUUUGUUGAUUCAUGUGGUCAUUUAUAUUGCUGUCUCCAAGUAAUCGAGAAUCUGAAUAUUAGCAGGUCAAAAGACACAAUUCUUGGGAAAUUAAAACGUAACGUUUAGACUUUUGAUUACAGAUGCUGUACCUGUCACAGAUUAAAAUAUAUGUUCCUAAUCAAAGUUGGAAGAGAUUUAUAGUUAACAUUUUACUACUGUACUGUGGUUCAGGUAGAAACACAAUAAAUCGCGAAAAUAUAAAAAU